UUUUGGACUUGAGCAAAACUUCGGCAUAUCUAGCGGGUGGUGCGGCGGCAAAGAGCGGAUUCACAACUUUCGGGAAUAAAUGGCCACUAGAAAGCAGUAAAAACAGGAGGCGGGAGGAUGUCUGUGGAGGUGGACGUGUUGCUGCAGGAGGCGAAAGAAAGCAUCGAGGCGGCCCAGAACUACCGCAGUGAACUCCAGCAGCGCCUGCAUGGCCUCAACCAGGCCCGCAAACAGAUCCGGGGCAGCUCGGGUCAGGCCCGCGAGGCGCUGCGGCGGCACUUCACAGAGCUGCAGGCGGCGGCGAGUCGGCUGCUGACGGAGCGGUUGACCACCCUGCUGGCCGAGGUGGACGCCAUCGAGGCAGACAGCGUCAAACCACUGGACGACUGCCAGAGCCUGAUCGAGCAUGGCGUGGGCCAGGCCGACGACCUGCUGAGAGAAGGGGAAGCAGCUCUGCGUUGUGGUCUCGGGGAGAAGGAGGACAAACUGGGCAGCUUCACUAAGAAGGCCAUGCACAUUCAGCUGGACAGCCUUCCGGAGGUCCCGGCGUUGGUGGACGUGCCGUGUGUCUCUGCCCAGCUGGACGACUCCCUGCUGGGCCUGCUGAGGGACCGCGUGUCCCGCCUUGGCUCCGUGUCCUCCCACCCGCCCGUCCAGAUAGAAGAGCUGCAGGAGAGACCGGGCAGCAUCCUGGUCCGCUGGUGUAAGGUGGACGAGGACUUCGCAGCUGCAGAUUAUCGGCUGCAGUACCGGCGGUCUGGCAGCGGGGGGAGCCAGUACGAGGACGCCUACAUCGGUCGGGAUUGUGAGUUCCUGGUCCUGCACAUGGACCCGCACACUGACUACCUGUUCAGGGUGUGUGCCCGCGGGGAGGGACGCACCGAGUGGAGCCCCUGGAGCAUCCCGCAGACCGGAUACACCACGCUCGCCGCGCACGAGUGGCGUCCGGGCACCGAGGGCUACAUCCUGAGCAGCAGGAGGAACAUCGCUCUGCGCAGCGACUCAUCCCAGAGCCGCUGCCCCGUCCUCUACUCCAACGCUCCAACGUACUUCUGCGGCCAGACGCUCACCUUCAAGAUUUCUGCAGCAGGUCAGGUGGAUCGGAGGGACACUCUGGGUGUGUGUGUGGACAGCGAGCGAGGGGCGGAGUCACUUCAGAGAGACCAGGCCGUCUGCAUCUCCACCAACGGCGCCGUGUUUGUCAACGGUAAAGAGAUGACCAACCAGCUGCCGGCCGUCACCGUGGGCUCGGCCGUCACCUUCGACAUGGAGGUGGUGAACCUGUUCCCCGUCAGCAACAACAACCUGAGCGAGGGCGGCAACUUCAAGCUGCGGGUCACCAUCGGCUCGGGGAACCGCGAGGUGGUGUUCGACUGGCUGGUGGACCAGGCCGUGGAUGGCCUCUUCUUCGGCUGCUCCUUCGUCCACUCCGGCUGGAAGGUGCUCGUGUUUUAAUGGAUCCUUUUUGAUCUGCUGGAGGUUUUGGAGCCCGUCAAACUGUUUUUUUCUUCAGUUUUUUCCUACAUCUGGAAAUUUCAUCCCAGAAUUUCUCCAACAACCCUUAACUUCAGGACAAGUUUUUCCAAAUUAGCAUCUACACACACACACACACACACACACACACACACACACACACACAGUCUCACACACACACACACACACACACACACACAGUCUCACACACACACAUGCUCACACACACACACACACGCUGGCAACUAUAUAAAGACAAGCACACACACACACAUCUACAAAUGAUAUUUUAAAGUCACGUCCUGAUCCUGAGUCCAGACAUUUUAUAAAACCCCGUCAGUGUUUCCAACAAUCCUCCAGCUCUUCUUCAGUCUUCAGGGAGAAAUCUGUGUCCGUCAGCUCUCCGUUUGAUUCUCCAGCCUUCCUGCACGGUCGGCUUUUGUUUACAGCUUUGUUUUUUUACAUGCCGUGUUCCCUUGCUGCGGGGAAGACUUUUGAUCUAUGCAUCGUCUUAACGUAGCAGCAGUUUGACACCUUGUGGAUUAAAAAACGGCCGUCACACUGUUGUUAGGAGGCCACAAGAUAAAAGUUUCAUCUUGUUUUUGUUUGUUUUUGCAGCAGCAGGAAAAACUGCUGAUCCUUUUUUAUGCUUUUGUCUAAAAAAAAAAAAAUAGCCGUCACUGUGAAAAUCACACCUCCUCUUGUACUUUCCUUCACUUUCUAAGCUUGUUUUAAAAGGACAGUUCACCAAAAACACAAACCAGCCGGAGAAUUUUGGAGAGUUAACAAACACAUGAAGCUUCAGUGGAAGCCAUAAGACAGAAAGUUUGUUUUUAAGGCACUUUAACCUUAUAAAUCCAACGCUUAUUUUAAUUUAAGGCCAACAUUUGAGAGACAACAUCAUCUAGUUUCUGAAAAUGUUCUUAUUUAAUAUUUGGCUAAAACACAACUGAAAUAAAAAUAAUUAUUAGAUGCAAAUCACUGCACACCUUCUUCAUCUGGUUCACCACAGCUGUAAGCCAAACUUUAGGCAGUUUUGACUAUAAAGUGUGUAAAAUAAAACAAAGUAACAGGAUAACUAUAAAGCUCGUCGCUGGCCUGCAGGUUGGUUUUCAGAGAGUUAAAAAAUUUAAAUUGUGCCUCAAUUCAUGCAAAUAACGUCUCUUUGCUCUGAGAGGAAAGUGGCUAUUUUGUUUCUGAUAUUUUGUCCUGGUGAUAUUAUUUUUACCACUUCAUACUUACUCAGACCCAUACUAAAAGGUGAAAAUUUCAUGAAUUCUCGCAGAAACAACUUAUUGGAACAAGUGUUGUGAUGCUUGUUGUCUCCAAACUUAAAAAAAAACUAAUUAUUAUUUCUAUUUAAUUCAAAUUUUUGUCCUUUUAGAUUGUGACUAAAGUCCUUAAUUAUCUCAACAUAAAGUGUUUCCUUGUAAUCAUCAAGUUUAAUUUAUAUUAUAAGCUAAAAAAUAAUAUUAGAAUCAUCUUUAAAUAACGUGUGCUGAUCUGAGAAUUUAAGAGAAAUGACUCCAUAAUAAAAGAAAAAAUUAAAACAACUCAUUCAGAAGCAGUAAUUUUCUGGAAAUAACAAAAAAAAAAAACUAAAUAUAUUUGCAAUAUUUAUCCUGAGCUUUAGGAUUAAUUCUUCACUUUGGAAGCAGUAUUUUUAUUUAUUUAUUUAAUCAAACCGAACUCUUGAGAUAAUUAAAGCUAUGUUAGUGCCUUAAAUAGUUCAAAAUGUGAGUGAAUUCUUAUCUUUUUGUUCUCCAGGCUGAAUAAAUGUUGUUGUUGAACUGUCGCCUUUAAAAUAAUCGAGCUGUAACUUUGAGUUAUUUGAGUGUUUUGCGUUGACAGUCCUAACAGUAUUUACAGAUUUAUUUUAUUAAUGUAUGUGUGAGGAGCCGAUCGACUCGUUCAGUCCAGUUUACACACAACGAUGUUCAGUAAUGUGACUUCACUCUUCUGUCAGAAUAUUAAUAUUAAGAAGGCAGAAUAACAAGCUUUGUUUGUUUGACAUUUUGUGGAAUAUUUUUAGUGUUUAGUUCAUUUAUUAGUAUCUUCCAGGGUUUGUUUCUGUCCAGCUAAUUAUUUAAUUAUUAAAUAAUAAUAAUUAUUAUUAUAAAAUAAAAUGUUUGAAAUCGGUGAAAUUGGAGUUCAAGAUGCUGUUAAAACAAACAAAAUAUUCUAUUAAUAAUGAUAUAAAACAUCUGAGAAGCUGGAACUAGAGAAUUUUUAAUUGCAAAUUAAAUUGCAGAAUUAACUGAUUAAUUGUUUGUAGUUGUAAGAAAAAUAACAAUCAGCAUUUUUUCUGCAGUUUAGAAACUUAUUGUUUUGUUGUUAAGAUCCUCAUGACUGAAGAUAUACAGAAAGUCGUUAACACAACAUAUUUUUCACACGACGUCAUAAAAAGAAAGAGAAGAUAAAAAGAUUGCAAAAACCUUCAUUCUGCCUCCUCACAGGAUCUUUUUAAUUGUCCACAAAGACUUUAAAUUGAUGUUUUUUGGACGUUUGUUUGCAUCUGCUGCAUCUUUGCAUCCCGAAAAAUGUGUAUUGUGUCUGAUGUGAAAACACACAAACAUGAGGGCGAUAUUAAUCAUUUUAUUGCCCAAAAUGUCAAACUAUUCCUUUAAUGUUAUUUUGUUUUGUCAUCAGGUUAUUUUCUAGAAUAUAAAGAGCGUCUCAAACUCUGGUACAUCAGGAUGUUUCAUCUAACCAACAUAUUUAUGUCACUUUUCACGAAUGUAUUAGCCUGCUGUCAGUUUUAUUCUUUUCUUUUUUAAUUAUCUGUCUGAUGGAGUGAAGACCUUUAAAAAAUCUUCUGACAAUCUUAACGUCUUUACGGCAUUUCAGAUUUGCUGAUUUUGAUUUCCCGUGUGGAUAAAAGCAGCAUUUCUCUGCUCCUUUUGUCUUUUUUAUGGUGUUUUUUUCCCUAAAUGUAAUAAACACGAGUGGAUGUUUGUCUCUUCCUCGACAUCCUGCAGAGACGUUUCUUUGUUUUCCGGCUGAUCUGAUCUCUGGAGGACUCUAGAGUCGGCCCAGUUGAUGGUACAGAAAAAGAAAACCAUACCUGCAUCUUCUUCUCUUCGUCCUGAAGGAGAGAAACCUGUUUGUUUGAUGGUGAAAACAGCGACACCUGCUGGUCAAACCUCUGUGCUGCAUCUGUUCUCACUGCUGCCGGCUCGGAUAUUUUGUUCAAUAAAGGUCAAAUUAUGUAAACUGA